GAAGAGGGGCAACAGAAGAGGAGCGAGAGAGAGACAGACAGAGGGGAUGCACGGUCAUAGAGAAAUAAGAGUCAGAGUGAGCGAGGAGAAGGAGGAUGCAAAAAAAGCCCAGGAAGGAGGGAAUUUCCUAGCUUUUAAAGCCUUGAACGCAUCUGUUUUGUAGGAGGAACGCCGCUUCUUGGAAGUGAGGGCGAAGCCCGCCGAGAGGAGUGUGGACCAGGCUGGAGGAAAACCAUGCAAGAAGUGGAUGCUGGGUGCCAUUACGCAACAUGAGGGGCAUGGAACUCCACCAGCGCCACCACCACCACCAACACCACCACCGCAGCAGCGCUUCAUCGCGGCAAAGCCAGCUGGGAAAGGAUGCCAGCUGCUAGCACAAUGACUGGUGGGAGGGCGUUGCUGCUCUGUACAAACACUGACAACUGUAUCUACCAAUCAGUCAACGGGCUCCAGUGCUGUGGCUUGAAGGUUGGGGAGGCUCCGUCGUCCGUGGUGCCCCAGCGGUGCGGGUUACCGGGGGACAGCGACAACAACCAUCCCAUCUCCCUACUAAUAAGCCUGAGGGGCAGCCCAGAUCCUACUGUCAAUAUGCUGACUCACAGGAGAGCUUCCUCCACUCCAAAUGACACAAGAACUCCUAACCUAGAGAAUGGACAGUGCGGUAGGCUGAAUAAAAGCCAGGCCGGAGUCAAGGCUGCAAGUAUCCGUGAUAAGAUUUCCCAAUGGGAGGGCAAGAAGGAGACCAUUUCCACGGACACUUGUCCACUAAGCACAACACAAAAGGAAAUUGAGUCGGUGAGAAAAAAAGAACUGAAAUCUCCGGAGGUCCAACGGACCAACAGCAAGAGGUUCGCUAGCUGGGAAAGGCAGGACUCCGGAAAGGAGAAUGUUGGCAAGCUUGUGGACCUGAGGACUAAAUCUCCAGAAGGCCUAACAAACAAGGACAAAGAAGUGAUUCUAGAGAGAGGACUGGGGGCUGCUAAGGCAACAGAACAGCCCCAAGACAAGAAAUCCGUUUUAACUCAUGUUAAGAAACUAGAAAAAGCAACAAAACAAGUUCCCGACGGACCGUCGCUGGCUUUUCCAGGGAAUUACUUUUGCCCACCGUCCAAAGAGGAGCUGGAAGAAUCAGAAAAGAGGCUCAACGAACCCAUUUUUGGGACUUUCGGGCCGAGGCGGAAAAGAGACAGGGAUCGGGAGAACGUGUACAGUGAACCGGGGGCUCCUUCUAUCAACCCUUUGCCAAAACCUCAGAGAACCUUCCAGCACCACACACCGCCUUCCACCCCAAUUUCAGCGCCCGGAUCUCGUAAGGGGAAGAGGACUCUGCCGCCUCUGCCUUCCAUUCCGCCUCCACCUCUACCCACCUGCCCGCCGCCUGGAGUUUGCAGGAGAGUGUGGAAAGACAAGUCCCACGACAGCAAUAACAGGAAGUCCUACGAGUUUGAGGACCUCCUCCAGUCGUCCGCCGAAGGCUGCAGGGUGGACUGGUACGCUCAGUCCCGCCUGGGCCUGACACGCACUUUAUCGGAAGAGAACGUCUACGAGGACAUAAUAGACCCCCCGUGCAAGGAGAAUCCUUAUGAAGACAUAGAGCUGGAGAGAAGCUGCCUGGGUCGCAAAUAUGUCUCCUCUUCGCCAAUCCCUGACACUCCACCUAAGCUCUGCACCAAGCCAGGCUUCUUCAGACAAAACUCAGAACGACGGAGCUUCAAGGUCCUGGAAUUAAGGAGAAGCAACAGGGAGGCCGGCCUGACCUCGCCGUCUCGCAUCAGUCCUCCGUCCACCCCCAGCAGCCCCGAUGACACACCCUGUCUCUCUGGAGACCCGUACAACCGGCGGCGGAAGAAAAUCCCAAAGAUGGUGUUGAAGAUCAAUGGCGUCUUUGAGGCUCGUAGAGGCAAAAAGCGCAUGAAGAAGGUGUCGCAGUCCACCGAGUCAAGCUCGGGGAGAGUCACAGAUGAGAACAGCGAGUCCGAAAGCGACACAGAGGAGAAACUAAAAGCUCAUAGCCAAAUGCUAGUGUCGGUCCAGUCCAUGCUGAGGCAGACGGGGAGAUACCGGACUUUGGAGAGAGAUGUAAUGGAGUUGCAGGAGAGAAAACUCUUUGAGUAUUUCAUCGUGGUGGCCCUUCACAAGACCAAAGCUGGAGUUCCGUACCUGCCGGAAGUCACGCAACAGUUCCCUCUCAAGCUUGAAAGGAGCUUCAAGUUCAUGCGAGAGACGGAGGACCAGCUCAAGGUCAUCCCUCAGUUCUGCUUCCCCGACGCCAAAGACUGGGCGCCCGUGGACAACUUCCCCAGUGAGACCUUUUCUUUUGUGCUGACCGGGGAGGAUGGAAGUCGGCGAUUUGGCUACUGCAGGCGAUUACUGCCCAGCGGUAAAGGCCGGAGGCUCCCGGAGGUUUACUGCAUCGUCAGCCGCUUGGGCUGCUUCGACCUCUUCUCCAAGAUCCUGGACGAGGUGGAGAAGAGACGAGCUAUCUCGCCCGCCCUGGUGCAGCCUUUCAUGAGAGGCAUCAUGGAAGCUCCUUUUCCUGCUCCAGGAAGGACCAUCACCGUCAAGAACUUCCUGCCGGGCUCAGGAACAGAGGUGAUGGAGUUGUGCCGGCCGUCAGAUUCCCGCCUGGAGCACGUGGACUUUGAGUGUCUCUUCUCCUCCUUGAGUCUUCGCCUGCUCCUGCGGGUCUUCGCCUCGCUGCUCCUGGAGCGCAGGAUCAUCUUCACCGCCGGCAAGCUCAGCACACCUACAUCCCCGUGCUGCCGCCCUCCAUGCUGGACAUCGUCUGCACGCCCACCCCCUUCAUCGUGGGCCUGCUCUCCAGCUCGCUGCCUCGGCUGAAGGAGCUGCCCUUAGAAGAAGUCCUGGUGGUGGACCUGGGCAACAGCCGCUUCCUCCGGCAGCUGGACGACGAGGACUCCAUCCUGCCUCACAAGCUGCAGGCGGCGCUGGAACACGUGCUGGAGAAGAGGAGGGAGCUGGCCUGUGAGAAAGGAG